AUGGUUGACGAACAAACAAAUACAUAUUUACCUGAUGAGUGUUGGGAAUGGGUCUUCGGAUUCCUCAUCAACAAGGCUGACGAAAACUUGAGUUCUCUCUCCCUCGUCUCCAAGCAGUUCCUCUCCAUCACCAAUCGUCUUCAAAUUUCACUCACUCUCAAAGAGGAAGCACGCCCUUUCCUCCCUCUUCUCUUCAAAAGGUUCACACACCUCACCUCCCUCGACCUCUCGCUCAUCCGCAACCACCUUUACCUCGACGAUCUUCUCUGUGAAAUCUCAAAUUUCCCAUUGAAACUCACAUUGCUUAAACUCCCACAUCGAUGCCGUUUUCCUGUAAACGGGUUGCAAGUUUUCUCCCAAAAUAUUACAACUUUGACCUUUCUCACUUGUUACGGUACUUUUUUCUGUAACAACGAUCUGUCACCCAUUGUUGAUUGUUUCCCUUUGCUCAAACAACUCAACCUCCAUCACCCUUUGGUCAUCAAUAAGCCUAACUUCAUUAAUUCAAUUCACUGUAUGUUAUCCAAGUGUCCAUGUAUACAACAUUUGGAACUUCGUAGUACUUCUUUUCUAACCGAUCAACUUGUUGAUGAGAUGUGUUUGUUUUUUGGUAAGUUGGUGUCUAUAAACCUUAGUGGUUGUCAUCAUCUCACAGAAACAACAUUGUUUUCACUUGUUAGAAACUGUCCUUCAAUUAGUGAGAUUAAAAUGGAAGGCACAUCAAUUGGGAUAAAUACUUUAGAACAUUCUGGUGUAUACCCUCAAUUGAAGUCUCUCUAUCUGGGUAGAAAUUCAUGGUUAAGUGAUGAAAUCAUCAUAAUGUAUGCUUCCAUUUUCCCCAAUUUACAGCUACUUGAUUUGAAGGUUUGCCGUGAAAUAUCUGAAGGUAUUUGUGAAGUUUUAAGGAAAUGUUGUAAGCUUAAACAUUUGAACUUAGCUUUCUGUUCAAACGUGAAACUACAUGGAAUGAACUUUGCAGUUCCCGAGCUGGAGGUGUUGAAUUUGUCAAACACAAGCAUUGAUGAUGAAACUUUUUAUGCGAUCUCAAAGAAUUGUUGUCGGAUUUUGCAAUUAUUACUUGAAAAUUGUAAAGGUGUCACAAUGAAGGGUGUGAAACAAGUGGUAGAAAACUGCACACAACUAAGAAAGAUCAAAUUAGGAAGGUUUCGUUUAAGUGACGAAAAUAGGAAACUCUUAUCGCGUCAUGGAUGUUAUCUUUGCUAG